UAGUGCUCACUGGCUGCUCAUUGCUUUAGGCUCUGUGUUUUAGCUCGACUUCCAGUCAUUUCCUCACUGUCCUAAGCUUUAGGAAGCUUUUUUUCUCUCUCUCUCUCUCUCUUUCUUUUCUCAAAAACGAGGUUUUUCCUUUUUGGGUCCAAAGACUGAAAGACAUGCAUGCUGUGAUGAAGAAAACCAGAUUCUGCUGAUGUAAAGAAAGUAAAAGGGGUUGUUGCUUAUAAGUUUUGCUGUAAUUAAUGGGUGGUGAAGAAAACUGGGGAAUGGUUAAACCAACUGUGGCCCCGUUGAAUUUACAGAGGGAGGAUCAGUGGAGGCAUUUCGACAACUCGGUGAAUGCGGUGUCGUUUGGGUUCGUAGCCACCGCAAUUCUCAUUUCUAUGUUUCUUGUUAUGGCUAUCUUUGAGAGGUUUCUCCGGCCAAGAUCACUGCCUUCCAAUUCUAAUGCUAGGACCCGUACCGAUCUCGAAGCACAGAUGGUGUUCGACCGAAAGCCUCAGUACCCUUCUCCUAAAAUGACAAUUUACUCGAAAGGGGUAUCAGUCCUGAUGCCAGGCGAGGAAACACCUACCUUCAUUGCACAUCCUGUUCCGGCACCAUGUCCUCUAGACCGUUGCUUACAGCCUACUCAUGAACAAUAGCCAAUGCUUAAUCUCAAGCAACCUAACAUCACUCGAGACUAAAUCAACCAAGAGCAAAACCACAGUAUUCCACAAUUUUUUGUUAUGACCUAUGCCAAAACUUAAUUCAAGUCCAUACAUUGUGAACGUGAAAUACCCUACGUUGUCUUUGCUUAAGCUUGGCAGCAAAAUGAAGCCGAAAAAGAUGCAGGCAUUUCGAUAUUUGUAUAUUUGCAAUUUACUGAAAAUGGCACGCUGGUUUUGCGUAUUAAAAUUUUAUGAUUCAG